AACAAUAAACAGGAUCACGACCAAGGUAGAUAAUUAAUUGUAUAAAACUUUAUGAGAUUUAUUUGCAGUGACGGGUUGUCAAAAUUAGGGACCAGUAGUUUCUUUACAUCUGUCAUGUCUGAAUACUAGACAAGAAAAUAACAAUAGAAAGAAAUGAACUUCACAGGGAUAGGACAAGCUUUUAAAGUAGCACAGAAGCCACAAAUCAAGAAAACAACACCACGAAUCGAAGAGGAAGAGAAGCAAUUCCGCAAAUCAGCAGUUGUGAAACUGAACAGAUCGCGACCACGCAUGAAUUCGCAAAAAAAGGAAGUUUUGUGCAACUGAACAGAAAAGAAAAAAGGAGCCCGCCGUGAAAUCAGCAAACACCAUGCAAAUUUGGUUGUCUUAUGCGACCUGAGGCAAAGCUGCUAGGUCGGUCGAGACCAAAGCUACAAUCGAAAAGAGAUGGUCCAACAAAGAGAGCCAGGCAUGAAUGAGAGAAUCGAGUCGGGUCGGGUGUGCGAUAUGAAGAAAUGCAAAGCAGCUGCUGCAUAAAGAACCGGACGAGCAGCCAUGCGCGACCGAGAGAGUCGUGCACGACCAGAGAGAGCCAUUCGUGAAAGAAAGAUACAAAUUGAGUCGAGUCAGGCGCGUGCGAAAGAGAACUGUGAAGCAGCUACUAUGUGUGAUCGAAUAAGCGAAGAUGUUCACAUAAGAAGGGCGGUUGGAGCAAGACGAUCAGGUAGGACGGAGAUGCUCACUGAAGAAGACCGGUCGGCCAGCAGUGAGUCUAAGAUUCCAUUUGGAGUUGGUGUUAGGGUUAAGGCUUUAAGGAUCAAAUUACAUCAAACAAAAAGAAAGACAACCACUGAUCUUUGACUAGUUUAGAGUGCGGCUAGCAUGGUGGUGUAUGCGAGAGAAGCCAAGGAAGCGGUUUAUGCGGCGUUUUAAGGCUGCAUGCAACGAGAUUGUAGAGAAGAGCAAUCCCGUGCAUGUUGGG